UCUCAAGCAGCUCCCUCUGCCAUUAUCGUUGCAUUGGAACCCAGAGUAUUCUUCAGAUACUGCGAUCUACCUUCACAAUGGCUGGAAUUUCCUCCGCAAUCUACAAUACCCUAAUCCGACGCAAUGCCGUCUUCCUGAGCACGAUAUUCGUUGGCGCGUUUGCAUUCGAGAUUGCCUUCGAUACCGUCAGCAACAGAGUCUGGGACACUAUCAACAAGGGUCGACAAUGGAAGGACAUUAAACACAGAUAUAUCAACAAGGAGGAAGAAUAAAUAUCUGCCGGGAUUAUCUUAAAAUAAUUUUUGAAGCUUCAAAGCAGACCACUUGUACAGAUACAAAUUAGCAUGGCCGAAUAGAGAGAUAUUUCUUUGUUGUUUUG